AUGUUAGAAAGCAUCCUCGACCUCUCUCUCUUCCCAUCGCUCAUGGCCAAGAAAACGGCUGCAAAGGCGCCUCCGCACAUUGUUGUCGUCGGCGCCGGCAUCAUCGGCGCCUCCAUCGCCUGGCACCUGGCAGCGCAGCAUGGCGCGACCGUCACUAUUGUCGCAACCGACAUUGGCGGCAUCGCCACGCCCAACUCGUUUGCUUGGAUCAACGCCAACUUUGGCAACCCGCACUUCUACCACGACUUCCGCCGUCGCUCCAUGGCACACUGGCACGAGCUCGCCGAGGGCCACGAAGCCAUCCCGGGCUUGCAGAACCUUAUCCGCUGGACCACUACCAUUCAGUGGAGCGGCCCGGCCGAUAAGCUCGCUGCCGACUGUGAAAAGUACGCCAGCUGGGGCUACGAUGUCCGGGGCGCAAAAAACGCCGAGCUGGCCGCGCACGAGCCCUGGCUGGCCGACGCACAGCUGCCCGAGACUGGUUGGGGCCUGUGUAUCGGUGGCGAAGGCUCCGUGGAGGCGGCUGACGCAGCCCGGCUGAUCAUUGCUCACGCACAGACGGCACACGGGGCCAAGCUGCUGUCGGCAGAAGUGACGCGGCUGCUGGUAGACGUCAGCACUGGUGCCGUGCAGGGCAUCGUCACUGCGUCGGGCGACACCAUCGCUGCUGACCAUGUGGUGCUGGCGGCUGGCCUUGGUACCGUUCCACUGGCGGCUACCGCAGGCGUCACUGUGCCCGUUCACGGCCGGCCGGGCUUGCUGGUCCACUCGAAACCCGUCACUCAGCGACUGCUUGACGGCAUUGUCAUCUCCAAUGGGCCCCACAUGCGCCAGACCGUCGACGGUCGCAUCUUAUCGGGCACCGAUUUUGCUGGCACCGACACAGGCACCGACCCGCAAGCCAGAGCGGAUGCCUUGUUUUCCCGGGUUAAGACCACGUUCCGGCCUGCACUUGGGGAUACUACCCUGCCAGAUCUCGAGCUCGACUACUACACCAUCGGAUACAGGCCAGACCCGGAGGACGGGCUGCCUAUCCUCGGUGCCAGCGGCCGCGCCGGGCUGACGCUGGCGGUCAUGCACUCGGGAGUCACGCUGGCAGCCAUCGUUGGGCAAUCGAUAGCGGAUCUCAUCGUUGAUGGGAAGGAGGACCCAGAUCUGGCGAGUUUCGCCCUGAGCCGCUUUGACUCGGCUGGGAGUGAAGAGUGUGCUGGAAUGGAGCUUAGAAGAACGUAG